CUACACUUGUUUUUUUACUGUAAACUGACAAUGUCGUCUUUUUUAUUGACAUGCGAAAAGGAAAUACAAGAGAAAGCGCGGAGGAGAGCGCAAAAAUGGCUGGUUUCGGAUAAUAAUGCGUGUUGUUUUCAUAAUGUAUGCGCGCCCGUGACAACAAAUAGUUAAACAGAGAGGCUGAGGUAUUCGUUGUGGACUUAAAGAUGUGGAAUGCCUUUGGGAAUGGAUCAAGCGGGUAUGUGAGCAAGGCUCAAGGCUGGGAGUUUGUGCCGUGCUCUCGGCUGGAGAAACCGGGAAAGAAGAGUCCCGCCCGCGUGCGAUCAUUCCCGAGCCACCUCCUGGAGCAGCUUCCACCUGGAGCCGCGGCUGAUGGACUAACUCCCAAUCUGGAGCAACCGAGCCCACACUCGCGGAUGAAGAAGAAGCUGGAGGAAUUAAGAAAGCGCUACGAUUUCGAGAAAGACGAGUGGAGAAUGGAGAAGGAAUCGCUUUUGAGACAAGUGGCUGAAAUACAAGGUGGAGAGAACAGAAGGAUGUUGUUGGAGCUGAAGUGUGUUUUAGAGGAGGUGCAGUCGGGGGUGAAGCGGGAGGAGAGUAAACGCGGAGAGCUGGAGCUGCAGUACACGCAGGAUCGCUGCGCCUGGGAACUGGAGAGAUCCGAACUCAAAAGUCGCAUUACUCAGCUAGAAGCUCGGGGAUGUAGUGUGGCAGUGGAGAGCGUGAGGAGUCCAGAACUGGGAGACACACUGAAGCGAGAGAGAGCAGAACAGAAGAAGCUACUGGCAGACACACACAGUGCGGCCAUGGACCUCCGCUGCAGGCUGGAGAACAGCGAGCGAGGCUGGAUGAAGGAGAAAUCUGAGCUGCUGGAACGCUUCGAGAGCGAGAGGAAGGAGUGGGAGCAUCAGCUCAUGGACAUGCAGAGGAAGAUUGAGGAGUUGUACAGUGAAGUGAAGGCCCACCGUACAGGAAUCUCUCUCAGACCAAUUACCGAUGGACAAAUUGCACUAAGGCUCAGCUCAUGUUCUGCCAGCACUUUAUCGAGUGCAGUAACCUAUCCCUCGGACGGCCAGAGCUUUGAAUAUUCUGAGCCUCUUACCCAGCAAAGCAAUGCCAGCAUCGACUCGCAACAAAGUCAACUCAGCCGAAACGCCAGUGAAUCCAGCGACCUGUGCAACAACGAUCAAAACGAAGAGCAAAGUGUGGCUGAACAACAGGCUAUAGACACUGCAGAGCUGGAGGAAAUCCUGGAAAGCUGUUUGAAAGAGAAAGUGGGGAAGAAGUCCUGGCUCACUGGACAAGAUGUCCUCCUUAACCCUUUCAGACGAUUUCAGAGCAUGGAAAUAACCUGUGGAAGUGAUAAAAAGAAGAACAAUACUUCCCUUAAUGCGGCUCUUAAUGAAAUUGCCCGUGCCAGUGAAGAACUCUGUAGCUAUCAGGAUGAAAAGAGGAAGUUGCCUGAUAUUAAGAGAAGCAGAAGUGAGUCAGCAUUUUUUCAGAGAGAGACGGAGUUGGUGGAGAGGGUAAAGAACCACUUGGAAAUGGAAGACACGGUUUUGUACCUGAAAAACAUGAGUGAAGAUCUGAAAUCCCUCGAUGAGCAAUACUGGAUGAACUGGGAAUGUUGUAACAUGCAUAUAUCUCAGCAAAGCGAUGAUAAGGCAAAACAAGAAGACAUAAAACAAGCCCCGCCCAUUCCAAUUCGUAGUACAUCUUGGUAUAUAAGCAGCCCUUCUGCUUCAGAAUUAGAGUCAAGUGUAACAGAGCGACGCUCAGGAACGCAUUCGGACAGAAAGUACACCAGUCCUGCAAUCGUACGCAAAUUUGAAGCGAUGCUUCAAGAAAACGAGGGGAAAAUUUUAACCGAUUCUGGAAACGCAUCAUCCAUUACGCCUACUGAUAUCAACUGCUGCCAGAGCCGCUGGUCCUGUGAUGGAAGUAGAUUUGGCAGCAAUAAAUCAUCCAGGAAUGAACCUGUAAAGAGAUGUCUCUCCAAUGCUGACAUUGCAGAUGCAGAUCACAGUGUAAACCAAAGUGAUGCAGAAAACCUAAAGGACCUCAAGAGUGCUUCUCAUCUCACAAACAUCUCAUUACUAGACUCUCCAAAAAACGAAAGACUUGAGCAAAAAACUGCAGAGUUCAACCGGACGCUCUUCCAAGCAGGAAUGGGUUUUCGCUGCGAUGAGGACGUUGUUUUGAAUGCACGCACAGAUUGUUCUCUAAGUCUUAUUUCAGAGGACACUUUUACAGACAGUCCAUUGAGCUAUGUUGAAGACAAUCUGGAGCUUUCAGAUCUCAUUAAACGGUGUCCAGAAGAAAAUGCACGAAAGAUGGAAACAAAGGACCGGUUCUCUGUGCCUGUAUCUCUGCAGCAGGAAUGUAGUGAAAUUAAACCUUUGCAGACUGAACGCAGUACGCCGAAUUUAGCUGACAAACAAUGCAAGAGUGUACGUUCACCACAAAUCCAGAUAGAAAGAGUUCGAGAAGAAAAAAAGUCCACGUGCAGCACCAGGUCUCGCAUUCUAGAUGAAAAUCCAUGGAAGCCUUCGACACUAGCGGCCUAUCCUCGUCCAGCGGAGUCCAGGUCCAACUACGGCGCAGUUGAGAGAAUUUUAAAAUGUUACGAGGAAAGAUCUCAGCAGCCCAGUCCGGGGAAGAAGGAAGACCUGAUGGACCUCUUGGAAAUGUUGGAUAAGCGUCAGCAGCCUGAAUCCACUCAAAGACUAACACACACACCGCACCACAAAGAGACACAUGUAAACGUGCAGCAGUGCAAAGAGUCUUCUGUAACUAACAAGAAGAGCUUUUCUCGACCUGCGUGUCCUGCAAAGAGACGUUUGCCCUCUCGUUGGGCAAGCCGCUCAUCCAUCUCCUCUGCAUCAUCUCCGUCACCUCCACCAACACCACCUCCACCCACAGUCUUCACCCAGAGACAAACACUCGCCUACUCCACCUUUCACACAGAGACCGUCAUCUGAACGGCGGAUACACACGCGCUACACUGCAAAAACCUUUAAAAGCCUGAUUAUUACCUGUGUAAAUACCAACAGUGACUGUCCAAAUGAUGCUUUGUUUGUUGUUUUAUAUUUCUAUAACCAUGAAAUCAAUCUGCCGUGUCAUUGUUUUACUGGUGUGGACAUGUACAUUUAAUUUCUACCAAUGUGAUUUACAAAUUUACAAUGUUUUGUGUUUUAUAGCUGCCAGUGUAGACUUGUUUUUUGUCUGUGCUUCACAUGUUGCCUGUACUGUGUGUGUACUGGUUUUGGUGGUUUAUGAGGACACCAAUUUGUAUAAUGUCAUGGAUAUGACCUGCUGUAGGUAUUACAAUGUUGAGGGGGUUUAUGAGAACAAGCCUUGUGUCCUUGUAAUUCAUUCAUCAUAAUUAAAAACCCUUUUCACAUUAUUGAUUUUGCCACCGGUUUCCUGUGAGGGUUGGGUUUAGGGGUAGGAAUGGCUUAGGCCAUAUAAUGUGUUUUUUUUACUGUAUAAAAUGCAUUUUGCCUAUGGAGAGUCCUCAUAAACCACCAAAACCAACCUGUGUGUGUGAACUGACGUCUGACUGAUAAUAUCUGCAAUGACAGCAGUGCUGCCUGUUUCACAUCAAACUCUCUGUUACCAAAAUGACUGACUGAGUUAUUAAAGAAACAAAGGGAUUCUGCACUCAGUUUACAUGCUUAUCUGAUGUAAGACAUAUCAUUUAGACAAUGCCUUUGCAGUCCUUUUUCUUGUUAAUUAUUAUCACAAAUGAAUAUGUAUUCAGCAUUUAUAAAAAUAAAAUAUGGACACUCAUUUC